AUGUCAAAGGAACAAUCAUCAGAUUUAUCAUUUGCAUUAUUGAGAGAUAUCGAAUUUCAAUUACUUGUUCGUGGAAGUCGUGAUGGCUUGAGUAGAGACGUAUUUCGUGAGAAAUGUGAUAAUAAAGGUUCAACACUAGUCGUGUUGAAAAUCACUGGAACAAAUAAAUCAAUAAUAGGAGGUUACAAUCCGAUCGCAUGGUCAAGUUCAGGUGAAUGGUUAUCGACAAAUGAUAGUUUUAUAUUUUCAUUUGAUGAUAAUAUGAGGAAGGUUUUGAGCAGAGUUGUGAACUCUGAACAAGCAAUUAGAGAUUGUGGUCCCCAAUUUGAUUUAGUUGGAUUUGGUGAAGAUUUGAAUAUUUUUACUCGUACUUGUUAUAUGAGAGAUUAUGAAAGAGGAAUCAUUGAUGCAAUUAAUUUUAAUUUAUUAGAUUAUGAAGUAUUUCAAAUAAUUGAAAAAUAA